UUUUUAGAAAAACGAGAAAAAAAAAACUAAUAAAACAAACAGAGCCGCCCCUACUUUAUUUAUUGACGGAACUUUAUGACGUAAGGAAUUUUCAUUUCUCUCUCUUAUUCUCUUUUCUUUGUUUCUUCCUUCACAAUUUGCGUUUUUGCCUCGUCUUCUUCGAAGUGUCAAUGGAAUAGAGUGAUUUUCCAGAUCUGAGUACUAUUUCCAGUUUCUAUUUUCAUUCUUCACAAUCACGGAACAUUUUUAGCAUUCUUUUCUAUAUUUGGAAAGCUGGUUCUAUUGGAAGCUUUGCAAAUAAAUUGAUAUACUGAAGGGAUUUUAUGACUACGAAGCUCCAUAUGAAGAAAAUGGGAAUGGAUCUUACCCUUUCAGAUUGGCAAAGGGUAAAUGAAGCUUAAUGAUUUAUUCACAAGGAGCACGAGAAGCUCCAGGGAACUCUUUACAUCAGUUUUAACCAGUCUUAUAAAAGGGUUCUUCCCAAGAGACGUUAUAAGAUACAUUUGGUAUAGUAAGAUAUUUUGAAGCUUACUUGUGGGACAUCGUGAAAAUGGAUAGAUCAGAUACAUCAGGCUUUGUAAGCGGCGGAUGCUUUAUGCUCAAAUUUCUUUUUCUAGUCUGGUAGGUAUGUGGAUCUUGUAGUAGUAUGUGGUGAACUGUUCUGCUACUUCAACCUCCUGUAGCUGUAGUGCACAACAUCUGGAUAAUGGAUUUGAACGAGAAAGCUGUACUGUUUCCUCAUGAUGCUGAGCUUAGGAUUGGUAAUACUACUUUGAGCUUGAACGGUAUUGGCUUUGGAGAAACCAAUAAUACUAAUUAUGGAUGUACUGAGAGCAGUCUUGGGAUGAAGUUUUCCGUUGCUGUUGAUGAUGGCUGCAAAUUGGUUCUGGGAUUGGGCCCAACCCCAAAGGCAUAUGGCGAUGACUACAAUGAUAUGGGGUUUAAUAAGAAGAAAAAACCGGCCAGCCUUUUUUCUCAGAGCAUGCCAUCCGAAUGUGAAUCAAUUCUUCAACUUGGCCUUUCGGGUGCGGCAAAUGAGAUAUCAAGCAUGAUGGAGUACUCAGGUUCAACAGAGACCAAUGUGAAUAUCUCAUGUUUUUCAAGCCAGACAUCAGGAGAAUAUAAUUAUGCAAUGAUACCUGUCGUUGAUGAGGGUUCUACCUCCGCAAAGAAAUCAGGUGGUUAUAUGCCAUCACUUCUUUUAGCUCCAAGAAUGGAUAAUGCUGAAAUUUCGGUGCAGACACAAGAACUAAUUCUUGGGACUAAAUCUCAGACGUUCCCCGAACUAUCCAGUGCUACUAAUCACUCACUUGGCACCGCAUCUGGCCCUCAGGAAACCGGGAUAACUUCACAGAACCGAACAAGCAAUCCUAAGAGAUGCAGAUAUUUUGGCUGUUCAAAGGGAGCUCGAGGUGCUUCAGGGCUUUGUAUUGGACAUGGGGGUGGACAGAGAUGUCAGAAACCAGGAUGCAACAAGGGCGCUGAGAGCCGUACUGCUUAUUGUAAGGCCCAUGGUGGAGGCAAGAGGUGCCAACACUUAGGGUGUACUAAAAGUGCCGAGGGGAAGACAGAUUAUUGCAUUGCACACGGUGGUGGUCGGCGAUGUGGGUAUCCAGGUGGGUGCGCAAAAGCUGCACGAGGUAAGUCAGGACUUUGUAUUAGACAUGGAGGAGGUAAGAGAUGUACAAUAGAAGGUUGCACCAGAAGUGCUGAAGGGCAAGCUGGGUUGUGUAUCUCUCACGGGGGUGGACGUCGUUGUCAGUACCAUGAAUGUUCAAAGGGUGCGCAGGGGAGCACUAUGUUUUGCAAGGCACAUGGGGGUGGGAAGCGUUGCUCAUUUGCAGGGUGCACUAAAGGUGCUGAAGGAAGCACCCCACUGUGCAAGGCACAUGGUGGGGGGAAGCGUUGCCUUUUCAAUGGUGGUGGUAUUUGUCCAAAAAGUGUACAUGGAGGAACAAACUUUUGUGUUGCUCAUGGUGGUGGAAAGAGGUGUGCUGUUUCCGGCUGCACCAAGAGUGCUCGCGGUCGUACUGACUGCUGUGUCAGGCAUGGUGGGGGUAAGCGCUGCAAGUUUGAGAGCUGUGGGAAGAGUGCUCAAGGGAGCACCGAUUUCUGCAAAGCCCAUGGUGGAGGAAAGCGAUGUAAUUGGGGAGAUGGAAAAUGUGAGAAAUUUGCAAGGGGAAAAAGUGGGCUCUGUGCUGCUCACUGCAACCUGUUGCAAGAAAGUGAAAUGAGCAAGGGAAGUCUGAUUGCACCCGGACUUUUCCGCGGUCUUGUACCUUCUGCUUCCACUGUCUGUAGCAGUUUUGAGAACAACAAUUCUUCCUCAGGCGUCAGUGUUGUGUCUGAUUCCUACGAUUCUAUGGAAACACCUAAAAGACAUCACCUCAUCCCCAAGGAGGUGUUAGUUCCACUCUCAAUGAAAUCACCAUCCUAUUCAAACUUCUUGGCAGCCAAUAAGCCAGCACAAGACAGAAACCUCCACAGCAUCACCGGUGACUGCGGUGGUGCUACGAAAGGCACCUUUGAUUUGCCGGAGGGCAGGGUCCACGGUGGCGACCUCAUGUUGUUUUUCGGAGGAAAUCUCAAAAAUGCACUUGAUGGCAUCUGAAGUGUGAGGGAGUAUAGUGACUCAAGAUGUAUGUAGGUUUCACUUUAGGAGAUAGGGACUGUUCCAUUCCUGUCAUGGAAUUGUGCAUAAGUGUUUGUACUGAAUGUUCAGUAACUCAGUUAUUAUUGUUGGGUGUUGAUAAGUUGAUUAUUAGCCAUUAGGCUUUAUUGUUUGUA